UUGAUGUUUGGCUUUGAUGCUGGCGGAAAAACUAGCAUUCUUUACCAUUACCAUCUCGGAGAAGUUGUCACAACAAUUCCUACUGUAGGAUUUAUUGUGAACACAUUGAAAUUCAAGAAUCUGGACGUGACAGUAUGGGAUGUAGGCACUCGGGAUAAAAUAAGGCCGCUCCGGAGGCAUUACUACCCGAACACAAAUGCUUUUGUGCUUGUUGUAGACAGUGGCGACAGAGAUAAAAUUACAGAGGCGAAAGAGGAACUCCAUAGACUUCUGCCUGGAGAUGAACUGAGUGAUGUUCCCAUUGCUCUCGCUCUGAAUAAGAGAGAUCUCCCCAACUGUAUGAGGAAAGAAGAGAUAAUGGAAAAAUUGGAGAUUAAGAAAAUCCAAAAAGAUAUGCCUUGUGAAGCUUUUCUAACGACAGUCAGACCAACAGACGAGAUGGAAAAGGAAUUCGAUAAAUUAAUACAAUGGGUUUUCGAGGAAACAGCCAAACAACAAAAUGGACCUGCAUUAAGAAAUCCAAAAGUAGAUCGUUUUCCUGCCUACAUAUGGCAACCAAUAAUGAAAAUGAAAAGCUUUAUGUUCGAUUGA